AUGAUUUUAUUGAUCCCAUUUAUAUUUGGAAUGAAUAUAUCAAAUCCAGAACUUUCAAGAGAGCUUAAAAAUCUUGUGGAAGCAUUCAAGCUGAUUAGAAAUGAUAUGAGAGAAACUUUUAACACAAAGGGUUGCACCUUGAUAACCAUCGCAGAUCCACAAUACAGAGAACAACAUGAAAGAAUCAAAUUGGAUAUCCUGAAAUACGUUUUUAAUCAUGACACUAUAAGAUUAAGAGAUACAAAGUUGCUAUCACGAAAAAUAAUUACAUUUUCUGUAAUACUUGUAGAUAAUAUGAAAGUAUUUCGAGAAUCAGCAAAUUACAUUGAUACAAAGAGAUUUCUGUACUCAGGAUACCAUAUUGUUAUCAUGCUGGAUGCAAAUCUUAUCGAAGUUCAAGAAUUAUUUGAAAUUUACUGGUCCAAAAAUAUCUACAAUGUCUUGAUUUUCAUCAAUAUGUACGAAGAAACCUUGCUGUUGACCUUUGAACUUUUUGACAGCACAGAAAAUUGUGGAAAAGUUUCCGUCAAAGUCAUUAAUAAUUUUCAAAAUGGGAAAUUUAUCAAUAAAAUCGGUUCCUGGAAGAAGUUCCAAAAUAUGAACCAAUGUCCUAUAACAGUAACAACUUAUACAGAUAGUAUUGCGGUUUUCAAACAGAUUUUACCUAAUGGAUCUUCUGCCCUACGUGGAUAUGAAUAUGAAAUGAUUCAGUACAUUGCUAAUAUGCUUAACUUUACAUUGGAUUUAGUCUAUAAAGAAGGAAAGCAGGAAUGGGGCGUGGUUUACGAAAAUGGAUCAUGUACGCGUGGAUUUGAAGAUUUAAAAAAUAGAAACACGGAUAUACUAUUAGGUGAUCUAUAUCUUAAAGAACUAAGAGCAAAAUAUUUUGAUCCAAGUGCACCGUAUCUAAAUUACCCACUUUUCUUCAUCCUAUCAAAACAACCGAGGCUCAAUAUGUUUCAAAAGAUGCUAAGUCCAUUUCAGUCUACAGUUUGGAUAUUGAUAGCUGUGACUCUUUGUAUUGGAAUAUCUGCAAUUUUAAUGAUUAAUUUUAAGUUUAAGUUGAUUAAGUUAAUUGUCUUUGGAGAAAAUGUAAAUCAUCCAGUGACCAAUCUUUAUACUUCUUUCUUUGGUCAGCCACAAACAAGGCUACCUUACAGAAACUUUUCAAGAAUACUUUUGAUGACAUUUCUCAUAUUUUCCUUAGUCAUCAGAAGUGCAUAUCAAGGUUCGUUAUAUAAAUUCUUGCAAUCCGAUGGGCGACAUAAAGAACCACAAACAAUUGCUGAGCUUAUUGAUAAGAAGUAUAAAUUUAUUAUAGCCAAGACGAAUAUAGACAUUGUAAAGGAUUCCCAUCCGAAAAUGUACGAUGCAUCAUAUAUAAUGGAAGAAAAUGACGAAGUUGACCUGGAUGUAGCACUAAAGUGGUUCAAACGAACAGCCUCUUUUGCUUCAAAAACAACUCUAAUGAAUUACAGUUUGGCUAAUGACAAUUUUCCUUACAAAAUCUGCAAAGAACAGUUUCUGACGUUUAAUAUUGUCUUGUUCUACAACAAGAAUUUUUUCCUGAAAUUGGCAAUUGACGAAGCUAUUCAAAAGAUAUCAAUGCACGGAUUUAUGAAUCAUUGGAUGAAAAAAUAUGACAAGACUGAUAAAUGGAGAUUCAUUGACAGGAAACCAUCUGUCAUGACUUUUGAUCACCUUUCAGGAUCAUUUAGUUUGCUAUUGACUGGAUGUGUUUUGUCAACUUUUGUAUUUGUAUUUGAAUUAAUAUUUUAA